AUGUUGGGUCAUCUCUUAGACGAAGUGGUCGAUUCCAUUGAUAAAAAUUCAAACUCCGACUCCGUGAGCAUUUGGGAUACCCCCGGGUACAUUGAAUGUUUCAUGCGAUUGAAUCCGACUGAGCAAAAUAUGCCAGAUUUGAUCGAAACAGUUUGGGAAUCAGUUGAAGUGUAUAAGAAUGAAUACGUUCUGUGGAUGGAAAGGGAUGUAAAAAGAAGAGUCCGAGGAGAAGGAUACUGGAGCGGAGAAUGGGGAGGAUAUUGA